AUGGGUGCAAUCGGACAGUUCAUUGGCCUACUCUUCGUAGUCUUGCUUGCCUUUAUUCUGCGGCUCGCCUAUAUCAUUCGAUCCACUCACCAACGCCAAUCCCCUUCCGCUGCCGCUGGCCGAUUGCGAACAUGUAAACUCACCGUCCUCCUAGGGAGUGGUGGCCAUACCGGGGAAAUGAUUCGGUUACUAUCAGACCUUCCAUUCGAUCGAUAUACUCCGAGGACCUAUAUCAUCUCGUCGGCCGAUUCAUUAAGUAGAUCAAAGGCUGUUGAACUUGAACGGAGCAAGCAAGCAGGCCAAUAUACAUUUCUUGAGAUUCCGCGGGCCAGGAGAGUCAACCAAUCAUUUCUCACAAGCAUAUCUACAACGAUCAACUCUUUACUGGUUUGCGUGUGGUUCAUUGCGAUUAAACCAAACUUCGUGUUUCCAGAGACAUCACAAGAUGACAAAGAUGGGCAAGUCGGUUCGGGUGCAAUACUACUGAAUGGGCCAGGCUCAGCAGUACCCAUCGCCUUGUCCGCCUUCCUGGUCAGGUUAAUAACAGGAAAGCCCGAACCACGAUUGAUCUACGUUGAAUCCUUGGCAAGAGUCAAAAGACUGAGUCUCACGGGUAUACUCUUGUUACCCUUCGUGGACUGCUUCAUUGUCCAAUGGAAAGUUUUGCAGACUGAGAUCCAUUCAUCAAAGUUGUAUCAAGCUCUCAAUUGCUUGGAACUAGUUCCUGCCAUUACAUUUGAUGGCUGGAUGGUUUAA